AUGAGAGCAUUUCAAUUCGACGACGUGCAAAGUGGCCUCCAGUUGAGGGCCAUACCACGUCCCCGACCAGAGCAAGGUCAAGUGGUCAUCCAGAUCAAAGCAGCUGGUCUGUGUCACUCCGACUGUUUCAUCCUCCAGGACGGUCAAUACACCAUGAUCAUGAAGCGACCGAUCGUACUAGGUCAUGAAGUUGCCGGGACGGUCGUAGAACUCGGUCCAGGGACCUCAAAUUAUGAAAUCGGUGACAGGGUCGUGGCAGGAAUCCCCACGCAUCCCGUGGCUCAGGACAGCUUCUUCAAAGCCAUUGGGCUCGGCUAUGAUGGCGGUUAUGCAGAGCAGGCCAUGGCCUGGGUAGAGAAUCUUGUUCGGAUUCCGUCCGGCGUUUCUGUCGCACAGGCCGCUGUCGCGACCGAUUCGAUCGCAACUGCCUAUCACGCCAUGAUCACGGAAGGCCGUGUCGGUCCCGAUACCACCGUAGCUAUUGUGGGGCUGGGCGGGCUAGGUCUCCCUGCCAUUCAGAUUGCUGCUAUUCACGGAGCUCGGGUGUAUGCGGUCGAUAUUGAUGAGACCAAAUUUCCUCUUGCUCGGGAGCUAGGGGCCGUCAGGUGCGCCAACGGACUUGAUAAAUUCGGUGAUAUCGCGUUCGAUACAGCAGUCGACUUUGCCGGUGCUGGCAUAACGACCGCGGCAGCAGUGAACGCGGUCAAGCCAUGCGGUCGUGUGGUAGUAGUUGGUUUGGCUGCAAAGCAGAUGGAUUUGGAUACGCAUACCAUGAUUACCAGGAACAUUACCUUGCAGGGGUCGAUCGGGUCAAGUCUGGAAGAAUUAAAGGAGGUCUUAAGGCUCAUCGCCGACGGUCGCCUUUCUCCCAUUUUAGAGGAGAUUCCUUUCGACAGUAUUCCACAGGGACUUGAGCGAUUGGCGCAAGGAAAAGUGACUGGCCGUUUGUUCACAGAUCCGACUGCAUUUGAUCGGGGCUGA